AUGGUGUGGCGCACCAGAGCCACCGGGACGACCGAGACGACGAAGCCAUGUUCAGCGACGAACCGCUACGUGUUCAGCGACGAACCGCUCGGUGCCGGACGGGUAGAAACCGCAGAGAGUCUACUCGUGGGGGCUCAAGAGGUGAACCGCCGCAACUGUCGACAUGUGCAACUUCCGGUGGCAGGACGUCUACUGCCGUUCAUGGUAGACACCGGAGCAGAAAUCAAUAUCCUCCCGGAACCACUGCUCAAAAACCUGGACGUUCAAACGCAGUCCUCCGUAACCGGCCUCGAGAAUCCACUUCAAGUCAAAGGCGUCGGCGGAUACAGCAAGUGCGAUUCGCAAGUCCGCAUCACCACGUCGGUGAAUGGUCAGGUCGUUGAACUGGACUUCUACGCCCUACCGACACCCAUGAUGAAGGAGCCGAUGUUGGGGCUGCCCGCACUCCAACAGUUAGGCGCCGCAGUCGACCUAGCCAGCGAAAGGCUGGCCACCCAUCACGGAGACCUACCACUGGUCCAAGAUCCCGACCUAGUGGAAUGCGGUUCCAGGGUGAGUGCCCUUCAGGAAGCUGAAGAAUCCUUCACACUCAGCCAGAUCGAAGAGCGCAUUAACCCAUCACUGUCCGUCAGUCAGAGGCAGGACAUACUCAAGCUGCUCACAGCCUACGACUCGACAUGGACAGCUACGAGGGUCGGACGUUGUAAGGUACUAGAACACCGGCUCGACACGGGGGACAGUAAGCCCAUCAAGCAGGGCACCCGGCGAUACUCACCGGAACAGAAGCAGGAAAUCCAGCGACAGGUCCAAGACCUGCUGGCCGCGGGGGCCAUCGAAGAGUCAGACAGCCCAUGGGGGUCACAAAUAGUCAUGGUUCCAAAACAAACCGGGGAGUGGCGGAUGUGCGUCGACUAUCGCGCCCUCAACGACGUCACUGCGCCGGAUACCUUCCCGCUGUCCAUCAUCGAAGAUCUUCACGACCAGCUAGGGGGAGUGGAACACGUGAUCACCCUCGACCUCAAGGCCGGCUUCCACCAAAUCAAAAUCAAGGAGGAAGACAAACCGAAGACCGCCUUCGCCACCCCUACCGGACUAUACCAGUUUCGCGUCAUGCCCUUCGGACUUAUCAACGCUCCAGCCACGUUCCAACGGAUGACGACCAAACUCCUCGAAGAUCGUCUAGAGAGCCGGUGUCUCGUCUACAUUGACGAUAUCGUAAUCUACGGUAGCUCGUGGCCGUCACUCAUGAGCAACUUCGAAUGGGUACUCCAGAGACUGCGCGAUCACGAAGUAUUUCUCAACAUCCGCAAAAGUCACUUCGGCCUGUCCGAGUUCGAAUACUUGGGCGUCGCCAUCCGCGACGGCAAGAUCUACCCCUCCAAAAAGUCCAUCGCCACUAUCCAAGGCCUCUCUCCCCCGGAAGACGUCAAUGGC